AAAACACUCAGUUGACAGUUGGCGCGUAAACGUUCAACAUGUGAUUUUUGUACUCUCUCAAGUGUUCUGAAAAUCAGAUCAUUCGAAAACAUUAUGGAGAGAGCACACAAACUUAAAGGCGCAAAAGGCCUUCCAAGGCCAAAAAAGUUAUACGAUGACUCUGAUGACGAGAAGCUGGAUUUAAAAAUUGACAGCAUCAGAGAAAGAACAAAAACUCCAUGUUUUGUUUACAUUUUGACGUUUUUCGCUGCACUUGGUGGAUUUUUAUUUGGAUACGACACAAGUGUGAUUUCAGGUGCUAUGAUAUUAUUAAGGAAUGAAUUUGGAUUGACAUCUUUAUGGCAAGAGAUGAUAGUGUCGGUAACAGUAGGCGCAGCAGCCCUGUUUGCUCUUGUAGGCGGGGGUUUGAAUGACAGAAUGGGACGUAGGGGAGUAAUUUUGAGCUCGUGUCUUGUGUUUACUGCGGCGGCAGUUUUAAUGGGUAUUGCAGUAGAUAAGUACAUGCUUUUGUCCGGUAGAGUACUCGCCGGGGCGGCAAUAGGUCUCAUGUCUACAACUGUGCCUAUGUACCUGGCAGAAUGUUCACCAGUCAGUAUCAGAGGAAGGCUUGUCUCCACAAACAUAGCAAUGGUUGCAUGCGGCCAAUUUGUUGCCAGUAUUGUGGAUGGUGUAUUUGGUGCUGAUGAGAAAAAUGGAUGGAGGUACAUGCUUGGUUUGUCUGGCAUACCGUCGUUUAUUCAGUUUGUUGGUUUCAUCUUCAUGCCAGAAAGUCCUCGGUGGUUGAUUGUCUCAGCCCAAGAAGAGAAGGCGCGAAGAGUUUUGCAGUCGAUACGUGGACAGCUUGAUAUAGAAGACGAAUAUGACAGUAUAAAAUCCACAUGUCUCGAUGCAAAGGAAGAACAACAAUUAAAAUCAAGCAUGCCUGUACUAUUACAGAUAUUAAGAUAUCCAUCUUUAAGACGAGGUCUUGCAAUAGGAUGCUCCUUACAGAUGAUACAACAACUAGCGGGGAUAAACACUGUCAUGUAUUACAGCGCUACAAUCAUUAAAAUGUCGGGUGUUAGAAGUGAUGAGGUGGCUAUUUGGCUGUCGUCAGUAAUGGCAGCUGUGAAUUUCCUGUUUACUUUAUUAGGUUUAUAUCUCGUAGAGAAAAUUGGAAGACGUCCUUUAACACUUGGAAGUCUCACUGGUGCUAUUGUGAGUUUGGUUUUGCUGGCGGUCGGAUUUCAUGUGGCAUCAUUGAAUACCCCGAGAAUAUCAAUGGCUGAAAAGUCACCAUCAAAUACGUCUUGUUUUUCUCAUAGCACAUGCAAUGAUUGUAUGAUGGAUUUGGUUUGCGGAUUUUGUUUCGUCGAUAAUCAAGGUUCUGUUAUAUCAAAUGGAUCAUGUUUGCCAGCAAGCCCGGACAACCCCUGGGUGUCAUUAUCUGGAAGGUGUAACGUACAGGGUUUACCUGGAAAAUUAACAUGGGCGUAUGAUUACUGCCCAUCACCUUAUUCGUGGAUGCCGAUGGUCGGCCUUAUUUUAUACCUUAUGACCUUUGCACCAGGAAUGGGACCAAUGCCAUGGACAAUAAAUUCAGAAAUAUAUCCACUGUGGGCAAGAAGUACAGCUAUUUCAGUAUCAACGUUCACAAAUUGGGUCUUCAAUCUGGUCGUGUCAAUGUCAUUUCUUACUCUCAUGGAAAGUCUUACUAGAUUUGGAACAUUUUUACUAUAUGCGGGUCUGUCAUUGCUAGGGGCCUUAUUGCUGUUCGUUUGGCUACCAGAGACUAAGGGAAAGAGUCUAGAGGAAGUCGAGGGCUUGUUUGCAAAUCCUUGGUGUGGCGUAAGUGCAAGUUCAGACUUUAACACAAAAACAAUACAGUAUGUUCACAUUCGUGGUCUAAACAGAGAUGGUCUUGAAUCAGAAUUGGACUCACCCGAAUAGCAAUAGCAAUAUCGUUAAUGAAUAUUAGUUUAGUAAAACAAUGUGCAUUUGUCCAUAUUCACCAAGUCAAAUUAGUGAUACCCUUGUGUAGAUGUCAUAUGUGAUCUCUUUUUGUAAAAUAUUUUCUAGAAAUGAUAAAUGGAGUACAAUUAUAUUCAAAAUUUAAAAACAGGUGGUUUAUAUAUGGAUAAUAAUUCGUUUAUUGCCUCUUAAGUUGCAAGUACAUAUGAUUUUACAUGUCGUCUCUUAGUUCAAGGACGAUAUGAUAUAUAUCAUGUUAAAUAUUUAUGUAUUCUAUUUUCAAAACAAAAAUUAAUGAAUGUUUACUAUUAUCGUGAUAGACGUACUAUUGAUGUGUUAAGGUAUGAUAUUAAUGUAAAUAUGAUAUCAAAAUUCUCCAUUAAAUGCCAAAAGAAAAAGAUGAUUAGAAUUAAAACAACUAUUACGUGAAUGAUUUUGAUUGAUAUAUGAAUAAUAUGUAUUUUAUGCGUGUAAUUAUCUUGUAUCUUCCUGAAAGUUCUGAUAAUCUUGAUAAACGGCCAUUCUUUCCAUGGCAAAAAAUAUUAAGUUUCCUAUCUUAUUAAUUGAGUUAGUAAUUUCUAAAAAGAAAUAAGGUUACCAUGUUUAAUCUGGGCAUUUUGAUGGUAUAACAAAGGUUAAUUUUUAUUUUUUUUAAAAAGUAGAGUAACAAACUAGGUAUUUAGGAAGAUACUUACCGUUUAAUUCAUUGUUUACCGCUUUGUUACCGCCUUACCUGACAAAUAACUAUAUAUUUUUUCUGACGAAACAUCCUACACUUGCAGGAGCUAAUCCUUAUGAGUUGUCAUACAGUUCAUAUUAUUAUUCAUGUGUAUAGGAAAAAUAUGAUACACCGACUUUAUAAAUCGAAUGAUCAUGACAAUAAUGAAUUAAGCAUUUUCUUUUGUUGAACUAAAGAAUUAAAAUAUACUAGAAGCCAAGUGCCAAUGCAAUCUAACUUGUAUAACUUUUGUAAGUUUCAAAAUUUCGUAUUUAAUUUAUAAUUUCGUUGACAUUUCUUUAGUUGACGUAGUAUUAUUGGUUAUAUUGUUUGUCUAACCAAUACUUUUCUCACGGUCUAUAUAAAUAAAAAAUACAUCUAUAAAAUAUACACAAGUUGGUAUAAGUCGGAGUUUUGCAGAGGAGUGUAUUCCGUUUCCAAAAAGUAAUCUGCAGAAAUAUGUAUUUUGUCCGAAACCAAAGCUUAUGUACUAUUUGCAUACAUAUAGUAUUUUAUAAUUACCAAUCCAUGUUUAAUAUUAGAUUACGUUAAGUAUUGUUGAAUCAAUAUUGUUAUUCAGAGAUAUAUAUAUUAUGUCCAACAGUGGCAUGUUGUUGUGAUAUUUUUGGAAAUAAAAAUGUUGUGAAAUAAAAAUAAA